AUGUCUCCCCCCCGCAUCGCUACGUCCGUGUCAGAACAAUUGCUGGCGCCUUGGUCGUCAGACGCCCUUAUAGCUGAGGUCUACUCGCUUGCAGGGGAAAAAGAGCUUUCUACUUGUUGGACGUCAGUCUUGUCGACCAAGCUGAGGAUCGAGCUCCCAAAUGGCGAUUCCGACUUGAGCUCAUACCUCCAGGAGGCCUCGAAACAAAGCCUCAUUACGUGUGUUACGGCUCUACGGACAGAGCUAGAGGCCAGCACAAGUGGAAGGUCAAGGCGAAAGCCCCAUCGAAAGCGACCGCCCAUCACAAAACAGACAACCAGUCAGGAAAAACGCCAAGCCAGAGAAAAAAGCAAAAAGCGGCUCAAAAUGACAGGAAAACGUGCGAAAUGCCCGCCUAAACUCGCCCAACCUAGGCAAAGGAUGGAUAUCGAGAUUCACACGGUGGACGAACAGGAAACUAGCAUUGAACAUAUCAAAGAGGAGAUAUUGGCCAUGCAGCACGUGCAACAGUACAAGUUCACUUCUCUCGAAGCCCAGCUUGGCGACGUAAAGAGAGGAACAGAAGUCUAUCAACAGCGGCUUCUCGAGGAAAUGAAGAUCACACAAGAGAACUUCGGUUCAGCCGCAAUAACAUUGCAAUCUAAUCCCACAAUACAAGCUUUGGCGGGAGGGGAAUUUAGAAACAUCUGUCGCCGUGUGGAAGAGCAGGCACUUGCCAUGCAUCAGAACAAUGAACAGCUUAGGGAGGCCCAACAGCUUAUCAAUGAAUAUCGUGACGAAAUCAAAUAUCUCCAAAUUCAGCUCGACAAGGUUCAAGAGGAUAUCCGGCAGGGAUGCGUGGAGAGACGGGCGUCAGUUAACUCUGCCGAUUCUUUCUCAGAGGCGAAAUCAGAGGGCGAGAAAGUCACUGUACCAACUCUCUCGGUCGAAUCGACACGGUUGCAUGGAAGCUACCCUUUGGAAACAAGUCGACCCCAGUGCAUUGCUGAGUCGAGUUCGAUUCCCACAUCAUCGCCAAGAACACUUGCUGGUAUGUCUCAAACCUCCAAGUGGAGGGAAGACAACAUGGCUUCAUCGGAGCCGGACGCUGUAAACGCCCAAUAUACGCCAAUGCUUGCGGAGACACAACAAGUACACGAGAGACUGUUGAGCGAUAUCGAAUUGGGAGACUGUUUCCACUACACCAUCGACUCUGAUGCUGUGGCCGGCUUCCGCAUGCAUUGA